AUGUCAGAAACCUCAGAUCUCACGCCGAAAUUGGAGAAUGUCGGGAUUCAUAUCGAUCUCGAACAAAAGCUCUACCUUGGCCCAGCCGCCCCUACCUUAGAAAAGGCCUUGAACGGGUCCAGCCUCGAUCCCGGCGAGGUUACAGUAGCGAUCAAGUCUACCGGUAUCUGCGGUUCCGAUAUACACUUCUGGAAACAUGGAGGUAUCGGACCGUGGAAAGUUACUGGACCUCAUAUCCUGGGACAUGAAUCCGCUGGUGUCGUGAUAGCAACCCAUCCCGACGUCAAGAAUUUGGUGGUUGGAGACCGGGUUGCUAUAGAGCCUCACAUCAUCUGCGGUGUCUGCGAACCUUGCCUCACUGGCCGCUACAACGGCUGCAAAGACCUGGUUUUCCGAUCCUCGCCUCCCUCACACGGUCUUUUACGGCGAUACGUCAAUCACCCAGCCAUGUGGUGCCACAAGAUUGGGGAUCUUUCAUACGACGAAGGCGCCCUUCUCGAACCCCUCAGUGUUGCGCUGACUGCGGUCACCAGGUCUGGGGUUAAGAUCGGCGACCCUGUCCUCAUUUGCGGAGCAGGUCCAAUUGGUCUUAUCACCUUAGACGUCUGUCGAGCAGCCGGGGCCUGGCCAAUCGCUAUAACAGACAUUGAUCAGAAGCGUCUGGAGUUUGCCAAAACAAUCAUGCCUGAUGUGCGGACUCACCUGGUGGAGAAGGGACAAUGCCCCGAAGAGGUUGCAGUGAAGAUUCACCAAGCCAUGGGAGAUGGCGCGGAAGUUGCUGUUGCUCUCGAAUGCACUGGUGUUGAGAGUUCCGUCAGUAAUGCUAUCCAGUCUGUCAAGUUCGGUGGUAAAGUGUUCAUCAUCGGGGUUGGCAAGGAGAAGAUGGAGAUUCCAUUUAUGCGAUGCAGUGCGCAAGAAGUUCAAGUGGAGUUUCAACAACGCUAUGUCAACAUGUGGCCACGAGCAAUUCGAGUUCUCUCAAGCGGGAUGGUUAACCUGAAGAGACUUGUGACUCAUGAAUUUACACUCGCGACCGGAGUGGAGGCUUUCAAGACAGCUUCAGAUCCCCAAAGCGGUUCUAUUAAGGUGUUGAUUCGCUCGGAAUAG